AGGUCUGCAUCCCCUUAAUUUUAGAUUCAAAUUAACUUAGUAACAUAAAAAUUUCAAACAUUUAAAACUUUUUUUAUAACUAUGCAAAAAAUUUUGAAAUAACACCGGAAUACAGUUAUUUAAGACAGUGCAAAAGCGAUUUGCAAAUUACAACAGUAUGGUCAACCCAUAAUCCAACAUGUGAUAAAAUUAUUUACUCAAAUAGUAAAUUUAAUUUGGACACGUCCACGCAUCACUUCCAUCUCAGUACGUUCCAGGAUAGGCUUCACAUUUAUUCUCUCUCAUACCUACGCACGUGUAGAAAGAUAAAGUCUACACGCCAAGCAAUGAAGAUGAAUGGUACCAUAGCACAACAAAAGAGUUCACAGAAUAAUUUGUUUCACAAUAUCAAUCACAUAUAUAUAUGUUCAAACAUUCACUUUUAUAUUCAAAAUCAUCUUUGUUACUUUUACAGUGGUAAUGAAUAUAUAUACGGAGUACUCCGUAUAUUUUUUUGCAAAUGGCCCCCUAAUCAUUUUAGAAUUUAUCUGUCAGGAUUUUUAGAGUUAAUGGGUAAAGAUUUACAAAGACAAAAUUGCUCGACUUUAAAAAAUAUAGAAAGUAAAAAAAACAAAAAUCAUUAGUUUUGAAAGGAGGAAAAAUAUAUUCAACAUUUACUCCCACUAGCCUACAACCGGUAUGAGUGAUUUCAUUCACGUCCGUUAGCAUUCAUGUCCAUUUGGGAUAUGAUGUGAUGUUGCAUUGAAAUUACUUUAAUACCCUCAUUUUUACCGCAGGAAGCUGAGGAACAUUAGUAGUGUAUGUGUCCCUACUUGGAAGUUAUAAUUGAGAAUUUAAGAUAGUUAAACAUUUGGUUUUUUUCAACAUUCUUGGAUAAAUCCCAUCAAAAGUGUGGGGAAACAGUAGAGCACCAUAAUUCUUUGAAUCAUUUGGGGGUGACAAUCUUUAAAUUCUUGAUCUUGUAAUUUUCUACCACAAUCUUACAUUUGUAGAUUGAAAUAUGAGAUUUUACUUGUUUGAUUUGUGUUGUUUGUGAGCAAUUGCUCUUGAAAAUACUUUGAAUGAUAAACAACUGCCAAAGACUACUCAAAUGUGAGAUGAAAAUACACCUUUUGACACUUAACAGAUGGUCAUUGCCAUUUAAGGGGUUCUUAAUCUUUGAACCUUAUAUUUUCUUGAGGAUAAAUGCCAUCAUUGAGGCAAUAGAGUAAGGAUGUUUCUCUAAGCUGAUAAAAAACUUAACUGAGAUUAAGAAUUCUAUAACAGCUAGGAGAGAAUGGAUUUAUGUCCAUUAGCAUUCAAAGAUGGCCAUGGCCUUUUAAAGGGCUCCUCACCUUUGCCAAGAUGGACACACAAUGGAGUAUAUUCUUUGAAAAAGCCAUCAUUGGCCUAUGGAAUUAUGUCUUUAUCUAAGCUCAUCAAAAACUCAACAAAUAUUACAAAUUAUAUAACAGCUAGGAGAGACAAUUCAUUUAUGUCCAUUAGCAUUCAAAGAUGGUCUUUGACAUUUAAGAGGCUCUUCAUCUUUCCCAAGAUGGACAUUCAACCAUAUAAUUCUUUGUGAAUGCCAUUAUUGGGGGGAAUUGAAUUAGAUGUUUCUCUAAGCUGAUAAAAAACUCAACUAGUAUUAAGAAUUCCAUAACAGCUAGGAGAGACAAUUGAUCUAUGUCCAUUAGCAUUCAAAGAUGUCCAUUGCCCUCUAAGGGGCUCUUCAUCUUUGCCAAGAUGGACAUACAAUCAUAUAAUUCUUUGUGAAUGCCAUUAUUGGGGGGAAUUGAAUUAGAUGUUUCUCUAAGCUAAUAAAAAACUCAACUAGUAUUAAGAAUUCCAUAACAGCUAGGAGAGACAAUUGAUCUAUGUCCAUUAGCAUUCAAAAAUGGUCAUUGCCCUUUAAAGGGCUCCUCAUCUUUGCCAAGAUGGACAUAUAAAUUUCCAAAAACCCAAUCUCAACUAAGAUCAAGAAUUCUACAAAAUCCAAUAUUUGACUAUAAUCUGGAAAUUGAAUCAAAAUUGUUGAUGAAAACUAAUGAGCUUAUGAAAAAUUAGUCUCAAGUGAAGAAAGGAUAUGAUCAAAUAGUCAAAAAAAAAACACCAAAGUGGAGUAAAUAUAGAAAAUCAGGAGAACUGAAACGCGAGAAAUGAAAAAUAAAAGAGCAAAUCGGAUCGGGUACCAACUGAUUAUUGAUUGGGGGAAAUGAGGUUCUCUGUUGCGGCAGCGGCGCUGUCGCCGGCGGCUUCGUCGUCUUAGAGAAUCAGCCGAGUAUCGAUUUAGGGCAUAAUUGUGUAUUC